AUGGACAGACUAAGGCAGGAUCUGGCUUCUGCUGGUGAGAAGCAGGGUGAAAGUGACUCCUUACCUAUUGAUGUCAAAUCCAGCAGGAAUUGUGUGCCUGUUCCAGAGUAUUGGAACGUGAGUGCCCAGGGCAGGUACCUGUGUGAUCCAGGACAAAGACAGACUUCAGGCUGGGAAGAGGGGCUUUCCGACAUUGGGUUAGCCAGGAUUUCCCCAGAGACAGGGGGCCAGGUAAAGAGUUUGAGCUGUAAUACAGGGAGUAGUGAUCACACUGAGGUCACAGCAGGAGACCCGAGAGGGGCUGGAGGGUCCCUAAGCUGGGUAACUGAUGAAAGCAGCCAUCCUGAAGUAGGGCUGAGGGGUCAGGGCAGUAGUGAGCUGUCAGCGCCUGAAUCCAGAGAUUCCUGUGGAUCUGGGAGAUCGGAUUCCUGCAGUCGGACGGUGCAGCAGAGUCGGAAAUGCCGUAAGCAGUCAGCCCCCCGCCGCAGCGCGGUGGAUGGAGACCCCAGCUUCGAAGGAGUGACUCUGUGCAUGGAGCGGCGGAUUGUGAAUACUGGGGACUGUCAGCUCCACAUCACUGCCCACUACAGCCCCGGGCUUCAUCGGAAACUCCUGAAGAUCCGGUCACGGCGUAACAAACUGGAGCCUCAGGCAAGGGGCAGCAGCUCUGAGGAGGACGCUCCGAACGCUGUGUGUACAAGAAAUAUCGCAUUCGCUGCUUCAGCUGUUGGCAUAUCCCGAAGAAGGAGGGCCUGUCGUUUAUCCAUUGCCUUCGUUGUGGUGACCCACUGCGAGCCCCGGUCACUCAGCGCAGAGUGUGUCUGCACUGACCAGCAGGAUGACCCAGAGCAGCUACACUGGUGUGAACAGACUGUGGAGCUGUCCCGAGUUGAGGUGAUCUCUCCCCGAGCCGAGGCGGAGGUGCCUUGUGCCGGUCUCUAUCACUACAACCUGAACGGGUGGAGGUUGGACCAGGAGAAGAUGCGAGCUGUGUAUGGAGGAGACAAUGGUAUCUCCCAGUAUUACACCCAGUCUGGGCCCGAGGCUCUCUGCUUUGUUCACAAGCCGGCGGAGACAGUGACCGUGAGGUUUAACAGCACGAGAUAUGGAUGUUGUGCUGGGUACAGCGGGUCUCAGUGUACUGAAGGAGGAAGCUUCCUGGGCCGUUGCUACAUGACGUGGAAUUGUCAGGAGUUUCCAGGGAUCAGUAACGUUUCAUUUAUGGUGAUGGAAGAUUGCUGCAUUUCGUCAUGGGGUCACAGCUGGAGGAACAUUUCCUCCGAUUACUGCUUCUCCUGCUCCCACAUCAUUCCAUCAGAUGCUCUGUCAGCACCCUUGCUCCUGAACCCAUGGAUGUCGGUGGGUCAGCGGAGCUCACUGAGAGGAUAUCGAUUCUUUGCCACGUGUAUGACAUGGAGUGGCUUUCACUUCCGGACCUUCGAUGGGAAACACUUCAAUUUCGAUGGGACCUGCACCUACAACAUGGCCUCCUCAGUGGAUGGGACAUGGGCGAUUUACCUGUCCACAGCAGAAUGUUCCAGCAGUCGUAAACAGUGUCCAAAGGUAUUGAGGAUAAUGCUGGGGUUGGACCUGAUCUUGGCUCAGAACCAAACUGUUGUCAUCAAUGGAGUCACCAUCCCUCCCAGGAAACCUUUCUAUCAAAAUGGAGUAAGUGUCCGUUGGGUUGGUGAUUUUAUCUUCCUGGAGAGUGGACUCGGAGUUCGUCUGAAGUUUGAUGGUGACAAAAUAGUUUCUGUGACAGUCAGCUCGGAUCUGAAACUCUCAACCCAGGGGCUGUGCGGAGUUUAUAACGACCUGGUUCACGAUGAUUUCACCACUGUCACUGGCUCGGUUACACAGAUCGCCGCCACUUUUGGCAAUUCUUGGCGCGUUUCUCUGCCUGACCCUGAGAGCUGCGAGGAAGCCUCGGAGUUGAGUUCGGGUUGUAAUACUCAGGAUUCUCAUCUGCAGCGAUUGGCUCAGUCGAUGUGCAACCGCCUUCUCUCCUCACCUUUCAGUCAGUGUCACACACAGAUUCUGCCGGACAGUUAUCUUGAUGCCUGUUUAUUUGCAUUCUGUACCCGCUCUGGGAGUGCGGAGGACCGAACCCGUAUGAUUUGUGAAACAUUCGCCAGUUACUCCCGGGAAUGUGGUGAACAGCACAUUUUCAUCGAGUGGAGGACUCCCGACUUCUGUGGGAAGACUUGCAGCAAUGAAAUGAUUUACUCAGACUGUGUCUCCACCUGUCCUGCUACCUGUGAGACUGUGGGGAACCCUCAUGAAGGUCACUGUCGAGAGGAAUGUGCCAGUGGCUGUGAGUGCCCACAGGGUUCCUACCUCGAGAUGGGGCGAUGUGUCAAAGCUGAGGAUUGUCCCUGUUUCCAUCAUGGACAGAAGUAUCGUCCUGGACAGACAAUCACACAGAGAUGUAAUGACUGCGUCUGUCAGCGAGGUCAUUGGGAGUGUACGCAGAAUAAAUGUGCUGCUGAGUGUGACGUCAUCGGGAGCCAGCACUACAUCACAUUCGAUCACAAACGCUACUCAUUCCAUGGUAACUGUGAAUACACACUCGUGGAGGAUUAUGUGGAUGGGAAGUUGUUGAUUAUUUCUGAAGUGGUUGCCUGUGGAGCUGGGAGCUCUCUGAGUUGCCUGAAGUCCAUCACUGUGAUCAUCUAUAAAACCAUCGUCAAACUGCAGAGAACAGGAGAUGUGAAUGUGAAUGGCCAGAAUACCGGACUCCCCUUCACCAACGCUGACCUGUCUGUGUAUCGUGCAUCAUCCAGUUCCAUCGUGCUGCAGACAUUCGGAGCGGAGCUCCUCUGGGAGCUGGAGUUUACAGCAGCUCACAUCAUCCUGCAGCCAAUCUUCGCACACCGAGUCCGUGGGCUGUGUGGCACCUAUAACUGGGUUCAGAAUGAUGAGUUUUUCACUCCUGAGGGUGAUAUCGAGAGGAGCCUUGCUGCUUUUGUCAAUAAGUUCAAAACAUCUCCGGGAUGUCCCGACAUUGGCUUGGAAUCCCUCGAUCCCUGCAACACAUUUGCUCAACGCCGGGAUUUUGCCGAGGAUUCCUGCAAGAUAUUGCGGAGUGCUGUGUUCAAGGCGUGUCAUGAUGUGGUGGACCUUGAGCCAUUCUACAGCCUGUGCCUGGAUGAUGUGUGUGGUUGUGCGAGUGCUGGGCACUGCGAGUGUGGCAGUGUAGCAGCGUUUGCCCGGCUCUGUGCGCAGCAGGGGGUGCUGGUCAGCUGGAGAAACACCAACUUCUGCCCGAUACAGUGCAGUGGUGGUCAGGUGUACAGUGACUGCUCUCGGCCCUGUCAGAACUCCUGUGUACACCUGCGUAUGGGUCUACAGUGUGGCCCAGGCGUGGAGUGUGUCCCGGGCUGUAACUGUCCUGGGGACUUGGUGCUCAAUGAGGACGGUCAGUGUGUUCCACCAUCCCUGUGCCCAUGCCUGUUUGAUGAUGCAGUCUAUCCAGCUGGCUCAACCAGGAACAGAAACUGCAAUACAUGCGUGUGUAUCAGGGGUCUCUGGAACUGCACGGACCUGAUCUGUCCUGAAACAGCAUCCUGUCCUAAUAAUCUCAUCUACACCUUCCGCUCCUGCCUCAAAACCUGCAGCAACAUCGACCUGAAUGAGACCUGUCACCAUCCGACUGACGGCUGUACCUGCCCAGAGCACCUCGUCCUGCUGGGUGAUAAAUGUGUGGCUCCAGCUGACUGUCCGUGUCACCACACUGGCCGAGAGUAUGAGAGGGGGCAGACUAUUGAGAAGGAUUGCAAUGAAUGUGUGUGUCGCGAUCGGAGAUGGCAGUGCAGUAACAGGCCAUGUGCAGGGAGCUGCCUGGCUACAGGAGACCCUCACUACAUGACGUUUGAUGGACGGAUGUACAGCUUCCUUGGAGACUGUCAGUAUGUGUUAGUCCAGGAAAGCAGAGGGCUGUUCAGUGUGACGGCUGAGAAUGUACCGUGUGGGACCAGCAGGGUCACCUGUACCAAGUCCAUCAUUCUGACAAUUGGCAACACCAUCAUUCACAUGCUGAGGGGGAAAGAUGUCAUGGUGAAUGGGAUUGGAGUGAAGCUUCCCAAAGUGUACAGUGGGAGUGGUCUCUCUCUCCAUCAAGCUGGCCUCUUUGUUUCCGUUGUCACAGAUUUGGGAUUGACUGUUCUCUGGGAUGGAGGAACCCGUGUCUACAUACAGCUCGAGUCACAGCACCAGGGCCACGUCAGUGGAUUGUGUGGGAAUUUUGAUGGUGAUGCAGAGAAUGACUUCACCACCCGACAGGGGAUUGUGGAAGCAACAUCUGAUCGUUUUGGUAAUUCCUGGCGAGUUAGUCAGACUUGCCCUGAAGUGUACGAUGAUGACAUUCCCCAUCCCUGCUCUGAGAAUCCUCACCGUGUCACAUGGGCAAGGAAACGGUGCAGCGCCAUCAGCCAAACUCUCUUCCGGUCCUGUCACCAAGAUGUGCCUUACCAGCCCUUCUAUGAAUGGUGUGUCUUCGAUGCGUGUGGAUGUGAUACAGGUGGUGACUGUGAGUGCCUCUGUACAGCCAUUGCUACCUACGCUGAGGAGUGUAACAAGAGGGGAGUCUACAUCCGAUGGCGAUCACAGGAGCUCUGUCCGAUGCAGUGUGAGAAGGGGCAGGUGUAUGAGGCCUGUGGUUCUACCUGUCCACAAACUUGCUCUGACCUCAGGGGGGGUCCAAAACCUGGCUGCCCCUCCCUGUCCUGUGUCGAGGGCUGUUUCUGCCCAGAGGGGACUGUCUGUCAAGAUUCCGGGUGCAUUAAGUCCUCAGAAUGUUCUUGUCUUUGGGGUGAUGCUGAGUUUCCUGUGGGAACAGUGAUCACUGAGGACUGUCAAAACUGUACAUGCCUUGAGGGUGAGUGGGUGUGCAGUGGUCAGCCCUGUGUCCAGGCCAGUCCAUGCCUACACUCGGAGUUUGCCUGUCACAGUGGACGUUGUAUUCCAAAGGUCUGGGUCUGUGACAAUGAGGACGAUUGUGGAGAUGGCUCUGAUGAAUUCUGUGUGUCAACGUGUGAGCCACAUCAUUUCCAGUGUGCCAACGGUCAGUGUGUACCAGUGAGUGACCGCUGCAAUGGCCGUGCAGAUUGUAGUGACCGCUCGGACGAGAGGGGAUGUCCAGCUCCUCCCUGCACUGCCCAUGAGUUCCGCUGUGAGAAUGGACGGUGCAUCAUCAAGGAGCAAGUGUGUGACGGAAAACUGGACUGCGGCCAAGCUGACCACACCGACGAGACUGGCUGUCGGUUCCACUGUGGAGAAGGAGAGUUCCAGUGUUGGACAGAUGCAUGUGUUCCCUAUGCUCAGCGAUGUGAUGGCCACGAUGAUUGUGGAGAUUUCAGCGAUGAGCAGAACUGUGUGUGUGGGUCAGGAGAGUUCCAGUGUCCUGAUAACCUCUGUUUAAGGAGUAAUCAGGUCUGUGAUGGAAUAUCAGACUGUGACCCAGGAGUGGAUGAACUCAUCUGUGAAACUAACGCUGUUUGGCAGUGCCACCAUUCGGAGUUCCAGUGUGACAGUGGGGAGUGUCGACCACGCGGCUGGGUGUGUGAUAAUGAACUCGAUUGCCCAGAUGGGAGCGAUGAGAAGAGCUGUAACAGGACGUGUCUAACUGGAGAGUUCCAAUGUGGCAGCAGCUCCCAGUGUAUCCCACUCUGGCAGUUAUGUGAUGGCAUUGCUCACUGUCAGGACCACUCUGAUGAGACUGUUGACCGUUGUGGUUCUGUCAGGAUUCCCCCCUGUCCUGGGAACUUCCUCUGUAACAGUCUAGUCUGCAUCAAUAGCACACGCGUGUGUAACGGAGUCAUGGACUGCGAGCAGGGUGAAGAUGAGCUGAACUGUGAACGGGGCAUCCCAACAUCACCAGUCCCACAGAGGAAUGGGACAAUGAGCAGCUGCAGUGAAUAUACCUGCUCCAAUGGGAGGUGUAUCACUUUCAUACAGGUUUGUGAUGGAGUCAAUGAUUGCAGAGACAGCUCAGAGAAAUCUAGUGGGAUUCCCUCGGAUGAGUUGAAUUGUGGGAAAUGGUCUCUGUGGGGAUUAUGGAGUCAGUGCUCCCAGAGCUGUGCAGCUGGAAUACAGACUCGGGAACGAGUAUGUGAGACAUCAUCAACAGACCUACUCAAGGAGUGCAGAGGCCAUAAGACACAGACUCAACAGUGCUUCAGCCAGGCCUGUCCAGUCGAUGGGGAGUGGACAGACUGGACGUCAUGGUCAAACUGUAGCCACCACUGUGAAGGUGUUGUGAUUCGCCACCGUGAGUGUGUUGGUCCAACAAAUGGAGGGAAACAGUGCCAGGAGCUGCCAGGGUCAGGCAGUCAUAUGGAUAUCACUCCAUGUAAUUUAGAUGAUUGUCCAAGCGUCCAGCAUUGUCCUGGGGAACUGGUGAUGCGGAACUGUGCAACCUGUCCUUUGACUUGUGCAGAUCUGAGCACGAACAGCAGCUGCUCUGGGAAAGGAGGCUGUUUCUCAGGUUGUUGGUGCCCAGAGGGUCUGCUCCUGGAUGAGAACCAGCAUUGUGUUCAGGCAGCAGCCUGUCCCUGCUAUGUCGAUGGGCUGAAGUACUGGCCAGGGCAGCUGGUCAAAGUUCACUGUGAGAUCUGUCACUGCCACCAGGGGCGUCUUGACAGCUGCCAACACAACCCCCAGUGUUCAGUCGACUGUGGCUGGUCGGUUUGGUCUCCCUGGGGGGAAUGUCUCGGACCGUGUGGAGUGCAAAGUGUCCAAUGGUCAUUCCGAAGUCCUAACAAUCCGAAACAGCAAGGACAGGGGCACCAGUGCCGAGGGAUUUACCGCAAAGCUCGGAGGUGUCAGACUGCACCGUGUGAAGAUUGUGAAUUCCAGGGUCGUUCCUACUCCAUGGGGGAGCGGUGGAAAGUCGGACAGUGUGAGGUCUGUCAGUGUUUCGAGGAACUCCACGUUCACUGCUCCAUGUACUGUCCAUACACAGCACUCCAAUGUCCACAGGGACAAAAACUUGUUGAAGGAUCAGCUGAGAGCUGCUGCUACUGCACCGAGAGAGGGACGGUGGUGUCUGGGAGCCCGGAGUUUGGAGGCUGUUUGCUCUCGGAGUUUUAUUGCCGGGAGACCGGGAGGUGUAUCGGAGCGACUCAGCGCUGUGACGGCUGGGCACACUGUGCUGACGGCUCUGAUGAGAUCGGCUGUGUCCUCAGUGUCCCUCCACCCACACCGGCCGAGGCAACGGGCAGUGGCCCCCCUGGGGUGAUGGGCAGUACCAAAGCGAUGGUGGUCACUCCCGUUCCUCCAGGUGUCCAGCAUCCAGUGACCGAGACCCCAGAGACGACACCCCCCGAUGCUGCAGCCGUGCUCGGACCUGGAGAGACCCUCAAACUGACCACCAAGUCCCACCCACAGCACGGGGUGGAGAUCACAACAGCCCAGGGGGAGGCGCUGAUUCCCAAAGUGACCCCCAGGGACCACAGGCCGAGCCAGACUCCAGGAACACAGCAAGAGGCCAACACCACGGUGGAGUCUGUGACUGAACCUCCUGGAUUUCCCACAUUGACAAUUUCACUCGCUCAACCUCAUCCAAAAGGUCCAUGCAGCCAGCCUCUGGGGUUGGAGGACGGUCGGAUUCGAUACCAACAGAUAAGUGCCUCAUCUCACCGGGAGAGUAACCCCCCUGACGCUGGCCGGCUCAACAUCAUCCCCAACAUAUUAAACCUGGAACCUGGCUGGAGUCCAGUGGAUACAGAUCCACAUCCUUAUUUCCAAGUGGACUUUCUGUUUCCCACCUUCAUCUCGGGAGUAAUUACUCAGGGCGGAACCCAAGCUGGGGGCUUCAUCACCAGCUACCGACUCAUGUACAGCUAUGAUGGAAUCCGCUUUGUAAACUACACUGACACCAUGGACUGGUCACAACCUGCCAAGAUUUUUCCAGCAAACACCGACACCAACCCCCCAGUCAGACGGGACCUCAAACAUCUUAUUUUUGCUCGUUUCUUGAGGAUUGUGCCAGUUGAACAUCACAAUGGGAUUUACCUUCGCACUGAGAUCCUGGGCUGUCCAUGGAGAGGGAUCUGUGAUCACUCGGGGGGCUCUGUGAUCACUCAGGGGGGAUCUGUGAUCACUCAGGAGGGAUCUGUGAUCACUCAGGGGGGAUCUGUGUUCACUCAGGAGGGAUCUGUGAUCACUCAGGGGGGCUCUGUGAUCACUCAGGGGGGAUCUGUGAUCACUCAGGAGGGAUCUGUGAUCACUCAGGGGGGAUCUGUGUUCACUCAGGAGGGAUCUGUGAUCACUCAGGGGGGCUCUGCGAUCACUCAGGAGGGAUCUGUGAUCACUCAGGGGGGAUCUGUGAUCACUCAGGAGGGAUCUGUGAUCAUUCAGGGGGGCUCUGUGAUCACUCAGGGGGGAUCUGUGAUCACUCAGGGGGGCUCUGUGAUCACUCAGGAGGGAUCUGUGAUCACUCAGGGGGGAUCUGUGAUCACUCAGGAGGGAUCUGUGAUCACUCAGGGGGGCUCUGUGAUCACUCAGGGGGGCUCUGUGAUCACUCAGGGGGGAUCUGUGAUCACUCAGGGGGGCUCUAUUCCAAGUCCCACAGGCUAUUCCACAACAUUCCGGGAGGAAUUACCCCCAAUUCUCCGUGUUCUUUGUCUUCACGAUCAGUUCAAGUGUGACUCGUUGGAUUGUGUAGAUUCUGACACAGUGUGUGACGGGAUUGCAGACUGUCUGGAUGGCUCCGAUGAGAGACACUGCGGUCCCACUCCUGCCUCUGUGACUCCAAACCGAGGGGCUCCUGAAUUGAUUCCAUUGACCAAUAGAAGCAGAUCCUGUUCAGUGAAACAGUUCCAGUGUGGCAGCGGAGAGUGUGUGAGCCAGCACCAACAAUGCAACUUGCAGCAGGACUGUCAGGAUGGUUCAGAUGAGAAGGACUGUGUGCACUGUGUGGCCUCUGAAUGGACCCAGUGGAGUGCAUGCACUCAGAGCUGCAGUUUGGGUGUAAGGUUCCGACAGAGAGAUAUCCUGCGCCCGGCUCUCCCUGGGGGACAGUGCGAUGUUAUAUUGUGGGAUUCUCGUGCCUGCUUUAUCCAGGCCUGCCCAGUCAAUGGUCAAUGGUCAGAGUGGAGUGAUUGGUCAGUCUGUGAUGCAGAGUGUAGCGGUGGAGUUCGAUCCCGUCACCGGGACUGUGUGAAUCCACCACCAAAGAACGAAGGCCAGUCGUGUCCGGGCAUCGCCAUGGAAACAGAGUCCUGUAACCGUCAGCUCUGUGAGGGCACCACUGGCUGCCGUUGUCCCAAAGGUCUUUUCCUUCAGGACCAUGGUUGUGUGAAUAUCACUGAGUGUCGCUGCCAUUGGAGGAACAAGAUUUACCAACCUGGACAACUCAUCACCAUGACCAACUGCAGCAACUGCAUCUGUUACCAUGGCCACAUUUCCUGCGAUGAUUCACUUUGUCCUGUCGACUGUGGUUGGUCAGCAUGGUCACCAUGGACACCAUGUAACCCUCGGUGUGGGGUCGGAGUUCAGGAGCGAUACAGAUCACCCACUAAUCCCACUGCCUCAACAGAUGGUGCCCCCUGUGUGGGUGAUAAUGUGGGGGUGCAGGGCUGUUACACUGCCUGCAGACCAGAUGUCGGGGAGUCGGUCCGUGGAUGGAGUCCAUGGUCUCCUUGGUCACCGUGUAGUCGAUCGUGUUUCUAUGAUGUGGAUGAGGUCUCAGUGAGGAGGCGAUUCCGGGAGUGUCCAAGUGCUGGACCUAGUUCCUCCUCGCAGUGUCUGGGAGACUCUGUCCAAGAGGAACGCUGCCUCAUUCAGCCUUGUGCAGUACCUGGAGGAUGGAGCUCCUGGAGCCUGUGGUCCGAGUGCAGUUCACUGUGUAACUUCGGAGUGCAGCUCAGGAACCGAAGCUGCACAAACCCCCAGUCACGCCACGGAGGCAACCAAUGUGUUGGUCCACACAUUCAAACACGGGACUGUAACACCCAGCCAUGUGAUCACACUUGUCCAGACGGGAUGGUCUACCUCACUGUGGAUGAGUGUCUUCAGUCAGGUGGUCCUUGUCCCCGGGGAUGCCUUGACCUGACAGACAGUGUACAAUGCACCACCCAUUGUUACGAAGGCUGUUACUGCACCGACGGACUCUUUCAGCAGAAUGGCUCCUGUGUCCCACCAGAACAAUGUAACUGUUACUAUCAUGGCCAGUGGUACCCAGCCGGCUCCAUCCUUUACAAGGAUCCCUGCAACAACUGCACAUGCCUGUCUGGAGACCUGGUUUGUGGCAACCUUCCCUGUGCAGUGGACUGUGCAUGGAGCCGCUGGACACCGUGGAGUUCCUGCAGUAGCAGCUGUGACGUUGGAUCGAGAAGGAGAUUCCGAUCACCCACAAAUCCUCCUGCAGCAUUGGGUGGGAGAGAGUGUGAGGGUGACAUGAUGGAAACAGAGUAUUGCAGUCUGCAGCUGUGUGACAGAGUGUGGAGUGAGUGGGGUCAAUGGUCAGAAUGUUCUGUCUCUUGUGGAGGUGGUUUCAGGAACCGAACACGAGUGAAUAUCUCGUCACAAAGCAGUCAGCUGACCAGCUGUAAUAACCAGCCAUGUGAAGCCCAUCUAUUGAACUGCUCUGAUGGGACUGUGUGGCAGGAUUGUCCAGUUGGACCUGAAACUUGCACAGAGCUCAGUGCGGGAAAGGAGUUGAGUCGGAACUGCAGCCCUGGAUGUUACUGGCUGCCAGGAAACUUUAUCCAGCAGGGGGCAUCACACACAGGUAAUGGAGUGGAUAAUUUGCAGCCAGCAAAAGCAGGCACAUACCCAGGCCGUGGUGUGAACACAGGGCGAGGUGUGAACACAGGCCGUGGUGUGAACACAGGCCGCGGUGUGAACACAGGCCGUGGUGUGAACACAGGCCGCGGUGUGAACACAGGCUGCGGUGUGAACACAGGCCGUGGUGUGAACACAGGGCGCGGUGUGAACACAGGCCGUGGUGUGAACACAGGGCGCGGUGUGAACACAGGGCGCGGUGUGAACACAGGCCGUGGUGUGAACACAAGCCGCGGUGUGAACACAGGGCGCGGUGUGAACACAGGCCGUGGUGUGAACACUGGGCAAGGUGUGAACACAGGGCAAGGUGUGAACACAGGCCGCGGUGUGAACACAGGCUGCGGUGUGAACACAGGCCGUGGUGUGAACACAGGCCGCGGUGUGAACACAGGCCACGGUGUGAACACAGGGCAAGGUGUGAACACAGGCCGCGGUGUGAACACAGGCCGCGGUGUGAACACAGGCCGCGGUGUGAACACAGGCCGCGGUGUGAACACAGGGCGCGGUGUGAACACAGGCCGUGGUGUGAACACAGGCCGCGGUGUGAACACAGGCCGCGGUGUGAACACAGGGCAAGGUGUGAACACAGGCUGCGGUGUGAACACAGGGCAAGGUGUGAACACAGGCCGCGGUGUGAACACAGGGCAAGGUGUGAACACAGGGCAAGGUGUGAACACAGGCCGCGGUGUGAACACAGGGCAAGGUGUGAACACAGGCCGCGGUGUGAACACAGGCCGCGGUGUGAACACAGGACACGUGUUUCUGAUGGUUCUUUUCCAGGAAGGCGAUUGUGUUCCUGUCACUGAUUGCCAGUGUGUGGAUGGAGGGCAGGUUUACCAAGCUGGUGCCACUGUACUGAAAGACUGUAACUCCUGCACCUGCCUUUCUGGACAGAUUGGAAACUGUACUCAGAGAGUGUGCGAUGUGAAUGGUGAUUGGUCGGACUGGACUCCAUGGAGUGAUUGUUCCAUUUCAUGUGGAGGGGGUAUCCAACGUCGAUUCCGGUUCUGUACGAACCCCCAUGCUGCUGGGAAUGGUCUGCCCUGUGUUGGUCCAGAGGAGGAGAUUAACCCCUGUAAUGUGCAGCAAUGUUCAAGAGCUGGUGCCUGGGGAGAGUGGUCCUUGUGGAGUGAUUGUUCACGAAGCUGUGGGGAUGGUGUGAGAUCUCGAAGCCGGCUUUGUGACAGACCCCCUCCCCAGGGAGAUGGGGAUUUCUGUGAGGGUCCGAGCUCUGGAACUGAGCCGUGCCACAGGGAGCACUGUCCAGUGGUAAACUGUUCUUCAAUUGUGGGCUCUGUCUACCACCAAUGUGGACCAUCCUGCCCCCGGAGCUGUGAUGACCUCACGCGAUGUGUAUGGAGCUGUGAGCCAGGCUGUUACUGUACAAAUGGGAAGGUUUUAAAUGAGAAUGGAUCAUCAUGUGUUGAACGAAAGGAUUGUACAUGUUUGGAUCUGAGAACGGGAACAAGAUUGUUACCGGGUACAGUUAUACCUCAGGUUAACAGCUGCAACUCCUGUUCCUGUGUGAAUGGAGAACUAGCCUGUACCAACCUGCCUUGCUCUGUGGAUGGUGGCUGGUGCCCCUGGUCAGCCUGGACUCCAUGUUCUAAAACCUGUGGGACCCAGUCAGUUUCCCGUUAUCGCUCGUGUGCCUGUCCUCAACCCCUCAACAACGGCACCGUAUGUAAAGGAGCAGAGCGGAGAUAUGGAGACAUCUUCCUCCAGAUUGCUCAGGAACGUUGUCCCUCGACCUCUUUCUGCCCAGUGGAUGGAAACUGGAGUCCAUGGACUGCGUGGUCAACGUGUGAUGGGUGUGUUGGUGUGUCCAUACGAACAAGGAAGUGUGGCAGCCCUCCUCCGAGAUUUGGUGGUUUACAAUGUGAAGGAGAAGCUGAGCAGAGCCGAGUGUGUCUGGACAAUUCAACUGUCUGCACAGAGUGUCCAGGCGGGCAGAUCCUUUUGGCCUGUGGGUGGACCUGCCCUCGAUCAUGUGAUGAUCUCUCUCCGGAUGUGGUCUGUCUCAAUGAUGGUGUUGGCUCCCCUGGUCCUGAUUCAUCUCCAGCUUGCAGGUCGUCCUGUGGCUGUCCACAUGGUUUACUCCUUCAGAACGGAUCAUGUGUUCCUCGGAGUGAGUGUCACUGCAAAUCCCGAGGUAAGUGGUCGAGUGUGAACAGCAGCUGGAGUCUGUAUCCCGGUGUGGAGGACUGGCAAUAUAUGAAUGCAGGAGAGCACAUGGAGAUUGGGUGUGAAAACUGUUCCUGUGUUGAUGGGCGACUGGACUGUGUCUCACACCUGGGCUGUCAGUUAGAUGGAGGAUGGGGUUCUUGGAGCACAUGGACCCCCUGCUCUGAGCCUUGUGGAGGUGGCUCCCAGCACCGGGUUCGGGAAUGUGACAGUCCGAGCCCCCGGGAUGGGGGGCGGGGAUGCCGGGGAUCACCAGACCAGAGGAGGGAGUGCAACAAGAAGCCAUGUGAAGGCUGGAGCUCGUGGACUGAGUGGAGCACUUGUUCCAAGUCGUGUGGGGCAGGAUUUGAGUUUCGCAAUAGGAGCUGUGACUCUGAUCUCCCGGCAUUGUGUGUUGGAAAUUUUGAGGAGACUCGUAGCUGCAAUGGGACGUGUGCUGCUUGGUUGGUGUGGAGUAAAUGGUCACCGUGGUCACCAUGCAGUGUGUCAUGUGGAGGCGGAGAGCAGGUUCGGGUCCGUGACUGUCUCGACCCACCGUGUGAGGGAUUCUCAACUCAAACCAAAACCUGCCAGAGCCAGGUCUGCCUCGAGGUGGGCUGCCCGUCAGACCGAUUGUAUCGAGAAUGUGUGGUCAGUGAUGGCUGCCCGUACAGCUGUGCCCAUCUUAAUGGUCUUGUGGAGUGUUUCAGUGAUGGCUGUGAGGAAGGCUGUCACUGUCCUGUGGGCAGCUAUCUUCAUAAUGGAUCCUGUGUUCAGGAAUGUGCCUGUGUGAUAAAGGAGGAUACUCUGCAGCUAUUUCAGAAUCACUCCAUAAAUCCGUCAGUCCCUCCAAUUACGUUAAGGGAUGAUGAUGCAGAGAUUCAAGAGGAGAUUCCAUCAGGGACUCUAUUCCAACAUGAAUGCAGCAAUUGUACAUGCAGGAAUGGACAACUGAACUGCUCAUUCGCUGUCUGUGUGGCUGAUGGACAGUUUUCCACAUGGAGCCCCUGGACUUCCUGUUCCCGCAGCUGUGGUGGAAUUGGCCACAUGACCAGAUCACGUGACUGCUCAAACCCAGCACCAACCAAUGGCGGCAAAGACUGUGUUGGACCAAGAAUUGAUUUUAAAUUUUGUCAGAGUCCGGACUGUGAAGUGUCUGUGCCAACGAGAGAACCUGUCAGUUUACCAGAUUCUGAUGGGUUUUCCCCCUGGUCCCCGUGGACUCCUUGCUCCAGGAACUGUACAGACACAGAGCUUCCUAGCACCAAGACCCGAAGCCGUUCCUGUUGGAGACACAAGAACUGCACUGGGGAAACCUUCCAGGAACGACCCUGUAACCUGCCACAAUGCACAAAUGAAACGGAAUGUUCCAGAGAGAACUGUACCCGGGACUGCAGCUGGAACAUGUGGUCAGAGUGGAGUGAGUGUUCCCGUUGGUGUGGAGCUGGUCAGCAACACCGCCUCCGGACAUAUAAUCGCCCACAGUCGGGCGGUCAGUGGUGUGAGGGAAUCCUGACUGGGAAUCUCGAGAUCCGAUUCUGCAAUGUAAAGGCUUGCAAAGUGAAUGGCGCAUGGUCCAGUUGGAGUCCUUGGUCCACAUGUGACCGUUCCUGUGGGGGAGGAAAGGCACUUCGGAUUCGGGCUUGUACUGACCCACCCCCUAAGAAUGGGGGGCGUCCCUGUCCAGGAGAUCGGUUUGAAGUGAUGCUGUGUAAUAUGCAACUGUGUGGAGCUGGUUCCUGUCCCCCUGCAAUGCAGUGGUCUGAUUGUGCCAAUCAAUGCCCACGUUCCUGUGUUGACCUGCAGGCUGGAAUAGCAUGUGCUGAUGUGGAAAGGUGUGAAAUUGGCUGUCGGUGCCCUGAUGGUUAUCUCGAGCAGGAUGGUAUAUGUGUCACACCUUGGCAGUGUCAGUGUACUGAUAUACUUGGACAGACCUGGGCACCGGGGAGCAUACAACAGCGUGACUGUAACAACUGCACAUGUACCGAAGGGCAGAUCUUCUGUUCAAACUACACCUGUCCGACCAGUGACUGUUCUUGGAGUCAAUGGUCCACGUGGUCCCAGUGCAGCAUCACCUGUGGCACUGGUCUCCGAACCCGGUUCAGAACCUCAACUUCAGGGUCACAGGACAGGAAGUGUCAACAGGAACAGGCUCAGACUAAACCAUGUGACCAAGGCCCAUGUCCAAUACUGUGCCUCCAUGACCAGCAGGAGAUGAGACUUGGCGAGAGCUGGUUUGUGGGUGAAUGUAAACAAUGCCUGUGUACCCCUGAAGGAAUCUAUUGCCAACCCCUGGAUUGUAAAGUGAAUGGAGGAUGGACACCUUGGUCACCUUGGUCAGAUUGUCCAGUUACCUGCGACCUGGGGUCACAGACCCGUACGAGAGCAUGUAUCAAUCCUCCACCUCGGAAUAUGGGCUCAGAAUGUGAAGGGGUCAGCACUGAAACUCAAAACUGCACCAACCCACCCUGCCCAGGAGACAGCUGCCAAUGGUCAGCAUGGAGCCCAUGUUCACAUACCUGUGGGACAGGAUACAGGAGCAGAAGCUGUUCAGAGACACAUGGAGAACGGAAGAUACUGGAACCCUGCUACACACAGCCAUGUCCAGUGGACUGUGAGUUUGGCCUUUGGACUGAGUGGUCAGACUGUUCCUGUGUUUCUCCAGUGCACCAUCGAUAUCGUGCAGCCCACGGACCCUUGUUUGGGGGGAAGCAUUGCCAAGGGCAAGAGAUGGAAUUCAGAAUGUGUAACCAGACGGAGUGUACAGAUGCCAGCUGUGAAAGUCCAUUCGAGUACAGAGCCUGUGGACCACCAUGUGAUGGUCACUGCUCCGAUCUCGGCAACAGACAAGAAUGUCAGGCCAAGGGACAGGAUUGUGUGACUGGGUGUUUCUGCCCUGAGGGUUUAUUGGAGCAGGACAAUCAGUGCAUCGCUCGCUCUGAGUGUGACUGUGUUCACAUUCACCAAUCAGAUAUCUCGAAGACCCCAAUGGCCACACGGAUACGACACGGUGACAGCAUUCUGAUUGGCUGUGAAACCUGGAUACCAAUACAGAGACAACUAAAAUGCACAUCUAUCCACAGCAUCUGCCGAGAGGGAACGCUGCAUUGCACCAACGACAGCUGCAAAGAGGCUGUUACACUCACUCAGUGGUCAGCCUGGACCGGCUGUGUUUCCUGUCUGCCCCGAUCGUUCCUGAAUAUGGUGUCCCUGCAUCUACUCCGAGGUCAGCGGGUCAACAGCCAGCACCUCAGUGCACUCCCUGAGACUGCUCGGAAUUUACUGAAGGAAGUUCGUUACCGUGUUUGCGUAGCGCAGGGAUCAGGUCAGCCUGUCUCUGCAGAUCUCUGCAAUGGAACCUUGGUGGAGGACCAUGACUGUACAAAUCUCACAAUAUGUGACGAUGACUGUUCUUGGGGUUCUUGGGGUGCAUGGAGUCCCUGCCGGGAGCCCUGCAGUGGAGGCUUUCGCAUCAGAGAACGUACUCUUACCCACCCCCAGGAUACUGCCAACUGUCAAGGUCCCAAAUUCCAAUCAGAAAGUUGCAACACUGCCAUGUGUCCAGGAGAAGUCUGUGAAGAUAGAGGGAAAAAGUUUGUGUCGUGUGCAAAUCACUGUCCAAGGACCUGUACCGACUUGUGGGAUCAUGUGGAGUGUCUCCAGGGAGGAUGCAAGCCUGGUUGUCGGUGUCCCAGAGGUCAUUUGCUACAGGAUUCACAGUGUGUACCUGUGUCAGAGUGUCGAUGUGGAUCACCCAGCUCAAAACACACCAUGGAAUAUCAACCAGGAGACAGUAUCUCAACCCCCUGCGGCAACUGUAAGUGUGUGAAUGGGAUAUUUAACUGCAGUGAAUUGCGGUGUACGGAGCUGGGCAGCUGGUCCAAGUGGAGUGAGUGUUCCACCAGCUGUGGACCUGGGCAACGGAGCCGCAGUCGAAGCUGUGGAGAGCCAGGGGAAAGUCUACCCUGCCAGGAAGAGAUGAAGCAAACAGAGGAGUGCAACCAGAUGCCCUGUUCAGGUUGUCCACAAAACCAGACCUUUAGUCAAUGUGCGAAUAUUUGCCCACAUAGCUGCUCAGACCUUCGGUCUGAAACAGAGUGUCAGCAGGAUACCUGUGAGCCUGGAUGCCUUUGUCCACCGGAGCAGCUCCUACAGGAUGGGAUUUGUGUAUCUCCUGAGGAAUGUCACUGCUCUUUACUGAGCUCCACAAUGCCCUGGAUGACUAAUAUCUCAAAGGAGGAUCAACACAGGAAUUACACAGCAGGAGCAAUAAUCCGACACCAGUGCAGCACAUGCUGUCGUUUUGACGAGAGAGGCUGUAUGUGUGAGGCCGGGAGAUACAGGAACAGCUCAGGACACUGUGUCACUGCAGCUUAUUGCGAGUGUAUCGUCAAAGAUCACAUCUACCCGCCAGGCUUCAAAUGGGAAGAAGGUUGUGAGCAGUGCCAAUGCCUGAAUGGAAGAAAGCUUUGUUCUUCUGAAUGUCCACCACUUACCUGCCUGGAGGGUUAUGUAAAAGUUGAGGAACUUGGAAAAUGCUGUCCAGUCUGCAGGAAGGAAGUUCCUGAUAUCUCUCCGAGGUGCCAACAUUUCACCGAAAUUCAGAACAUAUCCAAGGGCCAGUGCCAUCUGACAAAUGUGGCAGUCAGUUCCUGCAGGGGAAGCUGUCUAUCCCAAGUUCACGUCAUUCCAGAGGAGCCUUACCUGCAGAGUAUCUGUGAUUGCUGCAGUUAUCGGCUUGAUCCUGAACGGCCAGUACAGUUCAUGAAUUUGCAAUGUGAUAAUGGAGAUGUGGAGCCUAUUGUUCUGCCCGUAAUUCUCAGCUGUGAAUGCAGCAGCUGUCAGGGUGGAGAUCUUUCUGGGCGUUGAUCUUUUCUGGGGACUGACCUAUGAUCCUGAUGACUGGUGGGAAACUCAAACUUAUUAACCAUGAGCGAGAUUUCUUUCUGAAAGUAUAUCUGAAGAACUGCAAGCACCAUAUGGAUUU